AUGGCUUCUAUUAUAGCUGGCGUUGAGUUCCAUACUGAUCCUCCACCGGGAGCUUCUUCAGCCCCAAAGAUCGAGCAGGAUGCUCCGGCUCUCCUGGGAUUACAUCGCGAGGCUCCUAAUCUCCACAUCUAUACAGCUUCUUCUAUCAAUUAUGAAGCAUUGAACCGAAUCAAUGACAGGUCUAUCACAACUCUGCCUGUAGCUACCGUGCGCCCCACGGAUGAAACCGAAGUUGCUACAGCGGUGCGCUACAUCUCUCAGAAUGGACUGACUUUGGCAAUUCGAAGUUCCGGCGUCGACCAAGGAGGCAGGAGUCGCGCCUCUGGACCGAAGGAUGUUUCGCUUGAUGUUCGCUCCCUGGAUAAGAUGGUUUUGUCCGCAGAUCGACAGCAUGUAACCGUUGAAGGGGGAGUAUCAUCCGAAGCAUUACUGAAGUUCCUAGAUAAUCAUGAUCUUGCAACGCCAACACCACUUUCUCGUGUAGUUGGUUAUGUCGGCUUUGCCUGCGGCGGUGGCUAUAGCUCAUGGAAUGGCACCAUGGGCCUAGCCGCGGACAAUAUCCUUGGUGGAAGGAUUGCCUUGGCUGAUGGGCGUAUUGUGGACACAGAAGAUGCCGACUGUGACCCCGAUCUGCUAUGGACGCUUCGCGGUGGCGGAGCUGGUGUCGUUGGAGUAGUUUGUUCUCUCCGUGUCCGAGUACACCGUCGCCCAAGCCUUCUGGGUGGACUUGUUGCAUUCCCUCAGAAAGAGGCGCCUCAAAUCACCGAGAGACUCGCCAAACUGUAUGCAUGGAAGAAGCCUAAUAAACUCGUGGCCGAUGUAGGCAUCGUAAACCGACCAGAGAGCGGAGGCCAAUUCUUUUUUCUUUUUGUUUGGGCUCUGGAUGAAGACCGCAGCGAUCUUGAUGAGGCAACAGAUUAUCUUGACCGUAUUUUGGGUCUUGGAACUGUAGUGAUCAAUACAGUCCAACAGACUACGCCGUACCUGUUUACAAUGUCCAUUAAGACCCCUGUACUCUUCGCAGACCUCAUAUUUUCCCGGAAGACAGUUUCAGUUCCUGUCUGGUCGGAAGAGCUCGGACACAUCCUAUCAGAACCACUACCGAACUCCACAUCAAUUGUUGUCAUCCACGAUAGACAUGGCACAGGCACACGAGGUUCUGAUUCCACAUUCGUGACGAACGGAGCCUUUUUGAAUCGUGAACCACAUGUGAUGCUCGGUAUUAUCGCAGCGGCACCUCCAGAUGAUGAAGAGGGGCUGAGAAAUUCAGAUGCAUGGGUAAACAGGGUCUUCAAUGGCAUUAAUGCAGCAGGACUUGCUAUGCCGCAGAAGUAUAUCAACUUCUCUACACCUCAUAAAGGUGACGGUAUUCAUUACUACGGAGCUGAUGGCCUGGAUCGAAUCAGAUCUAUCAAGAGCCGACUUGACCCCUCAAAUCUAUUCGCUAAGAGUACGCCUGACUUGGCAUAG